GACGACGGCAAUAAAAUUGGUGGAAGCUUGGGCAGAAUUUGUUUGAGCGACUGCGUAGGCUGCUCAAGGUUAUUUUGCCAGAUAUUUGUGGAGAGACUAGAUCGAUCGACUUGACCGAUUUCACCAGAUCAGCAUCCAGAGACGAAACCACGAAUACAGCCUUCAGCACGGCCACUUCAGUCAAAGCGCCGCUGUCCUACGAGACAGUUCUUCCACGAUGAUAACGACGUACAUCACCUCGCUCAAAACAGCCUUUAACCCAUUCCAAGCCGCAUCCAAGGUUCCACGAUUAUUCCUAAACGCCCUCCCCGCCGAAGCGCACAAGACAAUUAAGAUCUCUACCACACAAUUUCCCCGGACGUCCACGGCGCCGGCUAUCCUAGAGCUAGGCUUCAAAGAUGGCAAGACACUAAAAUAUAGCUGGGCCGCAGAUGCUCUUGAGAACACGGGAGCGAAGGAGAAGAAUUCCAAGGGAGUCGAUUUACAGGAAAUUGUGGAGGAAGUGAACAGGCAUGCUAGGGCAUCGGAUCGGAAAGCAGAGCUGUCUGGUUGAUCAGCAUGAGAGACCAUGAUUCCUCACGAGUCUAGCAGAAAUGCUUUGCUACGCCGCAUGCCAUCUUCAGGACCCAUUUGUGAGGGUGCUGGUUUAACUGGCCUCGAGAAAACACUGCGGCAACGCUCAAUAGUCGAAGACAGGUAACGUCUCCGAAGCAUUGUCUCCGGACAUUAGUUUCGAGACGAUGUCUCGGGUCUUGGAUAGGAGGGAAAGGCGACUGAGCGAAUAAAUCGCUGAGAUACAUCCUGGCCUUGUCUGUACAACAUGUAUGCAUAUUGGAGCUAUUCGUCGAGCGGGGAUGGCGUCGGAGACGUACUACUACGAGGAGUUCCCAUUCGAUGCUCAUUGUACAAAUGUCAGGGUGCACGCUUCGUGCAAGAUCAGUUGUACAACUUGAAAGCUCACUUUCCCCGAGUCCUAGCAGGAC